GAAUAUUUUUUCUCGAUUUUGCCAAGUUCUUUAAAAGACGGCUGCGGUUCACGGGUAUGAAAUGAUAUACAUCCUAUAAUGCAUAUCCUAUAAAUAGUAUAAUACAGGUUUACAGUGAUUACAUGAAUAAUGAACACUUAUUUCUAUGCCAAAUGACACCUUUUACAACUGUCUCUCCCGCGAAUGACUACCAACAAGAUGACUGAAUUCCACUUUUGCUGUUUAAGAAUCUGUUUUACUGGCAUAUUUUGGGUAUUGCUAGAAGCACCGUUUCUUACAAUUCCAGCGUCAUAACAUAAAUAUACAUUUGCGUGUGUAUAUAUGAUUAUGCAUCAUAUAUUCGUACUUAUCUGGUUACUGUACCUAACGCGGUUUCGUUCUCACAUAAGUGAAACUCAGUCGUCACCGGAAACUUCUAGCGCAUGUGCGAGUAACCUUUAAAUACUGCUCGUAAGAAAUCACGUUUUUUAAGUAUUUAUUUUUUUCCUUUGAUCGGUUAACAAGAAUAAAUUACUGUUCACCGCAUGAGAUUAACUACAAUUGCAGAAAGGGGUGACCAGGUAUCCCGAGUUUACUAAAAAAAGUGAAGUACCAGAAAAGUACGCCUUUUCGGGGAAGUCCCGUAGGAAAUCCCCACACUUUUGGAACAUUAUUUGCGCCAUAGGACACUCCCCGAAUGUUUUUUUUUUCUCAAUGUUAACUUUCUAAGCGGGACUAUUCGUGUCUCUACCCCCACGGGUACAAAGUUGAUGCCUCAUUUGCUGCUGUGAUACUAAUGGAGUGAUUAGUGUCCUAUCGACAUGUCAGAUCGGAGCAGCGUCUGCGUGGAUCCUGUGUGUCCCCGGGCGGACCCGGCGAUGGAAAACGUCCAGAUGGAGAACGAGGUGCUGAGAACCAAAGCUCAAAGCUUCAACACUAUCACCACGCUGUUCCACGAAUCGCGCCGGGAGGUCGGCGUACUGACGCACCAGAUGCGCCAAAAGAACGGCCUCAUAGCCGAUCUCAAAGCCAGACUGGCCAGAUACGAGGGCGCCAGCAUGCGGCUGGACGGAGAGGAGCCCGUCGUCUUUGGGCCGUCUAAAUCUUUGAUAGACACCCUAUUUGAAAAGAUCUCAAUGUUGAAACAAAAACUGAAAGAUACUGAAAGACAGGCGGCCCAGCAGUCGGAGACGAGCAAACUAGAGAUGGAGAGAUUGCGGCAGCAGGUAACCGCCCUGGAGCAGGAGAUGGGCCGGCUGAUGCGGCAGCCCGAGCAUGAAAAGGACCUGGAAAUCCAGCGUUUGCAGCGGGCGCUUACGGAGCAGGACAAGGCGCAGGCUACCAGGACCGUGCUGUACAACUCGCUGGCCGAGGAAGCAGAUCAGCUCCGCUCUCAGCUCGGGACCACGGUGCGGGUGUGCCAGGAGCUGCUCCGGCGUAUGGAGAGCAACAACGAGCCCAUUGACUCAGCUGACAACAAGACGCAUGCGCUGCAAGGCAGAAAGUUUACAGAUCUGGCGGCUGCACAGCAGUUCACUCCACUAGAGUUGAAACUUCAAGAGGAGAAUGAAGUGUUAAAACAACGCGUGGUCUAUGUACAGAACCUGAACGCCAAGUGGCAGAAAUACGACUCAAGCCGGGAGGAGUAUGUCAAGGGCCUGUGUCAGAAGCUGAAGGAGGUCUCCUCGCAGGCCACCUUGGGCUUGGUGCCGCCCAACGUGGGGCUGCUCCAGCAGGAGAUUGGGAGACUGAACAAGCAGCUGCAGCAGAAGAUGGACGACUGUGACAGACUGAGUAGAGAGCUGGUGGAGUCCAAGCGAACGGACAGGGAGCGCAUCCAGAUAUUGGAGCAGCAGGCGGUCACCUACGAGGACGACUUCAAGUCCGAGCGGGCCGAUCGCGAGCGGGCACAGAGUCGGAUUCAGGACCUGCAGGAGAAGAUCAGCCACUUCGAGCAGCAGCUCCGUCAGCAGGAUUCCCUGAACCGGUCAUCCACCUGGAGAGCAGGGCAGGGCAGCGGCUCGACACAGGGGGCCACACAGGCCGAGUGGUCGAGUCUCACUAUGCUGCAGUGUCCCCACUGUUUCUCCAUGUUUGAUAGCGAGCACACAGCUGAAUACUGGAGACACUGUGAUGAGUGCGGCCGCUUGUGACUGCAAGGAGCUCGCUGUACAAACUGAACAAAGAUUAUUUAUUACAAACUCUGAGCACUGAUAAAGCACUACAAGGCCAGGAGGCCUGUAAACAGCUUAAUAUUAACUCAAUAUUUUAUAUAUUUUUACUAUAUAUAUAUAUAUAUAUAUUAAUGUCAUUUAAACUAUGAAAAGAACUGUAAUUUAUGUAAUUUAUAUAGUAAAUUUGACUGUGUGAAUACAUCUGUCAAGAGUUUUUUUUAGGUUUGUUUUCAGGAUUGCACUUACAAAGCACUUGUUGUUUGUAACAAACUAUUAAAUUAUUAUAUAAUGACACAUUUUGAACUUAAAACGUCAGUUAUUUUUUUACACCACAAAAUAGGUCAAUGGGGAGAUCCCCAAAUCGAGCAAAUAGAUUUACAAAUAUACCUCAGGUAAAUUUGUUCAGCGUCUACCGAGUUAUGUCAAAUCAGACGCUGUCUGUUAAAACGUUGCACUUUUUUGAUUCACGAAUACGGUGUGUAUACAGCAUACUAUAGAAUAAUUACUGUUAGAGAAAGAGCGAGUUCUUUUGUAUGUGUGUUUCAUUUUUAGGUGAUUUUUGUAAAAAAAAAACUGUUCUAUUGGUGCUGUUUUCGUUUAUGUUUGUUGUUUGUGAAUUUUUAUGUUGCUUUUAAUUUGUCUUGUUCUGAGAAAACAUAAAAAAAAUAAAUACUAAUAUCUCAAUUGAGAAGGUUGACCCCUAGAA